CAGAAUCCAACGAUUUCCCGCCAUGUUAACCGUAGCGCCAAGAACCCUAUCUCCUUCACCGUUUCUUCACAUCCCACAAACAAACUCCCAUUUCCUCACCUCUUCAUCCAUUCAUCUCUUCCAAUUUUCACACUCCAACAAAAUACCCCUCAACAAUUGUCUCUCAAACAAUCGCACCGAAAGGGGCUUAGAUUUCGACAUCGGAGACACCUUCUUCCGUCAUGAAAGCGCCACCGGACGCGACUUGGGCGUCCUCGCCGCCGCGCUUUACCGGAAAUCCAAGGGCCGUCUUCGGGUUCUCGACGCAUUGUGCGGUUGUGGGAUCCGAUCGCUUCGGUACUUGGUCGAGUCCGAGGCUGAUUUUGUGUUGGCGAAUGACGCUAAUGAUGAAAAUCGGAGGGUUAUUGUGAAGAAUCUAUCUAGAGUUGCGGAAAAUAUUGGGGACAAUCGGCGGUGGUUGGUUACUAAUUGUGAUGCGAACAGGGUAAUGACGGAGUUUUACUUGAAGAAGGAUUUCUUUGAUUUUAUUGAUGUUGAUUCCUUUGGAAGUGAUUCGUCGUUUCUGAGACCCGCUAUAAAUGCUUUGAAAUUGGAUGGAUUGCUCUAUGUUACGUCGACGGAUGGCUUCUCUUCCGGCGGACAUCGGCCUUCUCAAUCUUUAGCUGCAUACGGAGCAUAUGUGCGUCCCAUGCCAUUUUCAAAUGAAAUUGGUCUGCGGAUGCUUAUAGGUGGGGUUGCACGUGAAGCUUCUGUACUGGGUUUCUAUGCUACUCCACUCUUUUCGUAUUAUUCGUACCAUGGACCUGUUUUCAGAGUCAUGCUACGAAUCAAUCGAGGGAGGAUUCAUAAAAACAGGCAUUAUGGUUUUGUUAGCUAUUGCGAAAAAUGUGGAAAUUCACAAGCUUUUUCAUGGAGUGAGCUUGGACAGAUGAGCUGUCCUUGCAAUGAUUCAAGGGUUUCUGAGUCACUUGUGGUCUCGGGACCUCUUUGGAUUGGACCUCUACACAGUGCAGACUACAUCGAAGACAUAUUAACCUUGGCCAAGCAAUGGGAAUGGAUAGGCAAUGGCCAGGGGAAGGAUCUUGAGAAACUUCUGAGGCAGAUGGUGGAUGAGAGCGACUCCAAACUACCAGUAGGGUACAUCAAAAUGGACGAGGUGGCAAGUCGGGCAAAAGUGAAUUCACCUCCCCUCAGUACCAUGAUGAGCGAGAUGAUCAAGGCUGGAUAUGCUGCUAGUAGGUCUCAUAUUGCCUCAAACGCAAUCAAGACUAACUGUCCUAUGGCAGAGUGCAUCAGAAUUGCUCAACUGCAGCGAAAUUGUCUUGGUGCGCAUCAAGUCACAUGAAUGUUUUAGCGAUAGUUUGUGGUCAUGGAAACUAAACCCUUCAUACGCAGACAAGAACGAAAUGAAACCAAUUUUAUAUGAGCCAGGAUGAGAUCACUGAAGCAGUUGAACUCACGAAAGCUGUGCGGAGCUCAAGCACGGGACUUGAUAAAGAAGCUGCCGCCCAGACUUGUUAGCCACAAUUCUUUAUCUUUACUUCUUAUAGAGCCAUGAUGUGAUGUGAUGUGAUUUGAUAUGAUGUUCUCAUCUUAGGCGCCAAAAUGAAAUAUCAAGCUAGAAAAUGCAGGCCUAUAGUAAAAUUUACCUUCUCAAUUUUUAGUUGAAAAUUGCUGACAAGACUAACUUAAUAUGUAGGAUAUAUUAUGAAAUUCUCAAUUUUUGUGUGCAACAGAAAAAGUAACUCAAUCAUAAAUGGCAUAGUCUGCCUCCUUAGCUUGUAGGUUCAAGAUUUGAUCCCUAUUCCUGUGAUUGUCGUACUAAAGCAAAUUGUAAUUUAACAUAUGAUGUUAUACUCUAAUAUAACAAACUUCUUUGGUUUGUAAUA